AGAGGGAGAAAUCAACACCACGCGUGUUUUCUCCCAUUUUUUAUUUUUUAUUUUUGAAGGGGGUGGGGUUUGGGGGGGGGCGUGUGUGGAAAGAAGAAGGAGACUGGAUCAACCACCGGAGCCGAGAUGGAUGAGGUGUCGCAAGAAGAGAGGCUCCAGGUCAUCGCUGAGAAAAGGAAGAAGCAGACAGAGAUUGAGAACAAGAGGAGGCAGCUGGACGAUGACCGACGACAACUCCAACAUCUCAAGUCGAAGGCUCUGAGGGAGCGCUGGUUGUUAGACGGCGCUCCGGCCGAGGAGGAGACGCAGAAGCGUCUGCAGGAGGAGGAGGUGAAGACCAAAAUCCUCGAGCAGGUCAUUUUCAGGCUGGAGCAGGAGAUUGAAGAACUGGAGACGGGAGUCCCAGCCAAUAAGGGUGUGGCGAGAGAAAAUGGAGGUGAAAACGGCGUGGUGCAGACCCCAAAGAGAGAGUUGGCCGGCAUGGAGGCCAAACUGCUGGGUCCCAGCCCCGAGCAGGCCAGCGCCGACAACCCCGUCACGCUCGUCUUCAUGGGCUACAAGACGGUGGAGGAAGAGCAGGAGGGCCGCACGGCAACCGGGGCUGACGGGGCCGACGGCAACGUGAAGGCCGAGUUCGUGGUGAUCGAGGACGGGGAGGCCAAGCUGGCGGCGGGGGCCUGCGGGGACGCGUCCACGGAGAACCAGGCGCCUCCCAACGGGAGCAUGGCGGAGAAGGAAAAGGCCGAAGGGGUGGAGGAGAAGGAGAAGAAACAAAACUGCAAGUGCUGCGUGGUCAUGUGAGGUGUGCGCGCGCGCUUGUGUGUGUGUGUGUGUGUGUGUGUGUGUGAGGAUGCACGUGUGAAUGUGGAGGCUUGUGCGCCAACGCAUGUGUCUGUUUGCAAAUGUGUACUUUAGCUUCGUGUACGUGCGCGUGUGUGUGUGUGUGUGUGUGUGUGUGCGAGCGUCAGGACUGUACAAUGCCAAUUUACCACCUUAGAGAGCCAAAACAAGCUCCAGCUCCCAACAAACAAACAACAACAACAAAAUAACCACAGAGACUUCAAAGUACUCGGCCUACGUUACACACGUAUUUGACUUUUGGUUUCUAUUGAUAUUUUUCUAUUUUUCCGUCUAUUGUAUUCAGUAUAUCUUUGUUAUUGUUUUGAUUAUGAUUAUGGGACGGUGUACUGUACUGUUUGUUGUUAUUGUUGGAAAGGGAGGAAAUGGCGCUAGCUCUCUGGAUUGUACCACAACCCCAUCAAAAGGGGCGGGGUAGGAAACCUGGAAAGCUUAAAAAAAAAAAAUGAAUUGAAGAAAAAUAAAAAGUCAUUAAUAGUCCAAACAAGGCACAGACGCUUGGGAAUAUAUAUCUCUGUGUAGGCCUAGCUAACUAUUUAUCAGCCAAUUUCAUAUUGCAAUAUUGUCCCAAGAUAUUAUUUUGAAUAGUAUUUUAAUAUAUUGAUAUGAAAUUAUGUUUUUAUACAGUGUAUUUAUUUUAUUUUAUUUUAUUUUAUUUUUCGGUUCUGUCUCUAAUCCAUCACGGCGAUCACCGUUAACUUGCAUGUAAGCUUUGUGUCAUUAACCAGCGCCUUUUGACUAACUUGCGUAGGAUUUACGCUGCAGGUCCAAGUGCCACGUUGUAAGUAAACUUCAACAAGUCACAAUACAAACGUACCAAAAUGUUAAACGUCACAUUCAUUCAUUGUCAUGAAAAAACAAAAAUAUUAUAUUUGUUCGACGGGCCUCACAACAACAACAACAAGAAGAAAAUAAUGAUACCUGAAACUGAUUGGUUGUUUCUCCUCGGGCGCUACGUAUCAAAUUAAAGGCAACAAGAUGCGUCUGAUUUUUUUUUUUCUUCACAGAUUGUAUUUACUAAGGCGGCCCGGUAGUCCAGUGGUUAGCACCUCGGCUUCACAGUGCAGAGGUACCGGGUUCGAUUCCAGCACCGGCCUCCCUGUGUGGAGUUUGCAUGUUCUUCCCGGGCCUGCGUGGGUUUUCUCCGGGUGAUCCGGUUUCCUCCCACAUUCCAAAAAUAUGCGUGGCAGGCUGAUUGGACACUCUAAAUUGUCCCUAGGUGUGAGUGUGAGUGCGAAUGGUUGUUCGUUUCUGUGUGCCCUGCGAUUGGCUGGCAACCGAUUUGGGGUGUCCCCCGCCUACUGCCCGGAGACAGCUGGGAUAGGCUCCAGAACCCCCCCGCGACCCUAGUGAGGAUCAAGCUGCUCGGAAGAUGAAUGAAUGAAUGAAUAUAUUUACUAAUAUGCUCACGUUAGUCCCAACUGUCGGCGAUCGUUCUGCUGAUGCCGUAUUUCGUCGUCUGCUUUUGCUGUAGCUUAGCUUUACAGUCGACAUGAGAAAAUGCUCACGCUACACCACCAAACAAAAAAAAUGUUGCAAAAAUUAUGAAAAUAAUGAUGACGUCUUCCAAAUGUCAUAACAAAUUUGCUUGCCCGGUGUAAAAUCUGGUUCCUUUUUAGUUGUUGUCAUGUUUACUUUGUACUUCAGUUGUAUGAAUGGCAAAACUUGGAACUUAAACAGGUGCAUCGUGGCUUCUGCCAUCUGGUGCAAGAUAGUCGCUAGCAUCGAUAGAUGAACAAAGAUGCAUUUUUCAUAUCCAAAAUGUACCACUGAAGAGCCCUCCCACCCCCCCCAAAAAAAAAUCUGUAUCGUGCCACUUGAACCAUGCAGCGUCAAUCCAGCCGCAGUCACGAGAGCCGCCGUUCGAUCACAAUAUACUCCAUAGACGCUUCCGUCAAUACUAUGUGUGGUAUAUCUAUUUACAUAUUUUAAUAUAUGUACAUGAAAGUCACAGCUUUUUUGUAUUAUUUCAGCCGUUAUGAACAAGUGAGUUGCACAGCCGCCAGAGGGGGGGGGGGGAAGGAUAGUCGGUGUUGCCCUCGCCCUCCGAAGGAAAACUUGUAGCACUGCAUGAAGCCUUGCAACUGUUUGGACCGUCACGUCACUGUUUUAGUCUGUUUUGAUGUGCGCGUUCUCACCCUUUCACGUGAAUGUAAAAGCAAGCGGGGAUUCCGAUCGGGAUUUGCAGGCCCGUAAACGAGAAGAAGAAGAAGAGGAGUCGGGCUUUGUGCAGCUCACGCUCGAGGCUUUUUGUGUCUUUAUGAACCAAAUAAAAUCUGUUGCUAUUGUAAAAAAAA